AUGGCGGCACAGAACGGAGAGCGGGCUUCCCAAGUGCGGGUAAACCUGAAGGCGAGAGACUCGGAAAUCGAGCUGCCGGUGGAAAGUCAGGGCAGCAUAGUCGUGUCAACCGAUGUGAAAAGAUAUCAGCUUUCAACACUCGUCAACAAGCUUCUUGGACCAGAAAAGCCAAUACCAUUCGAGUUCCUCAUUAAUGGCCAGUUCUUACGCACAUCACUCGACGAGUUCCUCACUCAAAAUGGAAUUUCCGCUGAAUCCACACUAAACGUCGAAUAUGUGAAAGCCUUGGUACCUCCACUUCAUGUCGCCAGCUACGAACAUGACGAAUGGGUCUCUUCGGUUGAUAUCUCUUCGAAUUCAGGGGCCCCGAGUAGCCGGAUUCUGUCUGGGUCCUUCGACGGCAGCAUCCGAAUUUGGGAUGAAAGCUCCCAAGUGAUUGCCACAGGGCAAUGGCAUAGAUCAUCAGUUCAAUCCGUAAAGUUCAUCACUACGAAUUCAAUAGCUUCCGCUGGAAACGAUCGCUCGAUCCGCAUCUGGGACUUCGAAAACAGUGAUGAGAAGGACAGGGGCAAACUCACACCCAAGCUCGAAUUGCUAGGCCACAAAUCUAUUAUCGACCGGAUAGUCGUUCACGCCCCAUCUUCUCGUAUUCUUUCGGCUUCAUCAGAUCACACAAUCGGUCUCUGGACAAGCUCCAAAUCUUCAGCUCCAGCCGCUCCCGAAAGCAGCUCCAGCAAUAAGCGCCGCAAACUCUCCGGGCCAGCAGUGUCUACUCCUCAGCGCGGAGCGCUUUCCAUGCUCACAGGGCACCAGCAUCACGUCAAAGAUGUCUCCUUCGACGCCCGAGACGCCACAGUAGCCUAUUCAGGCUCCAUGGACCACACAAUCAAAACAUGGGACCUCGCGACCUCAACAUGCGUAACCACAAUCCCAACCACCCACUCAAUCUUCAGCAUCUGCCAUCUCCCCACCCACUCCCUUCUGGCAGCAGGAAACACAAAUAACACAAUUGAUCUAAUCGAUCUCCGGUCCACAGCCACGAAACUUUCCUCCCUAAUCUGUAUAGGCCACACAAAUUGGAUCCGCUCCAUAUCGCCCAGUCCAAGCAGCAACACAUAUCAAUUUGUUUCUGCCUCCAGCGAUUCUACCUGCAAAAUUUGGGACUUGAGGAGUACGAGUCAGAAUGCUGCGGGGAAUGCAAUCGCAAAGCCCGUGUAUACAAUUGAAAGGGAGAGUCAGAAAGGUGCGCCGAAGUCGGCGAGGGGGAGUGAGAGUGCAGUUUUUGGUGUUGUUUGGGAUGAGAAGGUGGGAAUUGUUAGUGGUGGGGAGGAUAAGAGGGUGCAGAUUAAUAGGGCUCCAUGA